AUGACAAGUCACCAGUAAACAAAUUCUCCCGAAGAGGAAGAAUGCAGCUUCAACGCUUCCUGGAUUAUUCGUAAAUCUGUUUUUUUCACGUCUCAUUUUUUCUUUGGAUUCUCCUGAAGCUGAUUCGGAACCGAACCGAACCGAUGCGCUACGACCUGGACAAGAUGAGAGUAUCGAGAAGUUCGGGCUUCUUCUUCAGCACAGUGAUGGUCUGCGCCUCGCUGCUUUCAGUGAUUCAGUGCCACAUCACCACACACACCACCAUGUCCCCUUUGCACAUGAGCCCAUCCGGUGACUUUCUUCACUUCGACUCCUCACCUGACUUCGUCACCGUCAACUCCAGUGUGCAGCUGUCGUAUUCCUGCUCCAAGUCCUGCAUGGUGGGAGUCGAGAUUUCACUUUCCACACCAGAAAAGACCGGACUCGUGACCUUUAGGAGAUCGUGGACUCAUGUCAGAGGAAUCCAAAAACUUCGAACAAGGAUGAUUCAGCUUAAGUUCCCUCCUGCCGUGGUGUAUAAGAGAGACUUUUUCCUCAGGCGGACGACAGAAGCCCAGGAUGUGAUGCUGAGAGCCUGGCUGGUGCAUCUGGAUGGAACAGAAAGCACCAGACGCCACGUUGGUGUUAAUCAAUACGAGGAAGCUGUGGUGAGAAUGUUUAAAACCCUGCGGACGAUCCCACCUCCGGAACGUCCCGCCAAAUCUUGGGACAGAUGUCUUGCGUGGGGGGUGGAGCUCAUUUGGAAUGGGACAAAAGACAGAAUAGAGAAGUGUCCUAUUGGGUCAGAUGUAGUGAGACUCCUGACGUUCCCUUUUGCAAACACUGGAGAGACAUACGGAGUCAUCCGGACGUUUCCGGCCUUGGCCAACAGAGAGAUGGCGACUGCAAGCUUUGGUGCUCGAGUGGAACCCAGGCUGACCAUGUCAGUGUGGAUAUAUCUGCUCCAGCGGUGCAGGGCAAAGCUCUGCAGCAUCAUCAAGCACGUGAACGAGCAGAGGAAAUACACAACGCCUCUCCUGCUCCUGAGCGAUACAGGCAACCUCGUGGUGCAGGUGCGUUUGACCUCUGGACUGGAACGUGCCUUCACAGUUCACACAAAUCUACCUCUUCUUACCUGGAUCCGUCUAGACCUCUUCAUCCAGACCUCAAAGGUGAAGGUGAUCAUCACGCAGGCCGACUCUGAAGACCACCUCACGGAAGGCGUAUACAAUUUUCAGGAAGAUGUCCUGUAUAAUGACAUUUUGGGAUACUUCGUGAUUGGCGGCUGCAUCUACAUGCCGGGAAUUCAUGGUUAUAUUGGACCGGUUAAAUAUUACCGCUUAGGCUCCGAAACGGUGGUGAACCCUCUGACUCCAGAGAGAACACUGAAGGAACUGAACGAAGCCCACAGACGGUGUGAGGAUAUUAAACAGAUCAGUGAAGGCUACGUAAAAGCUCUGCAAGACAGCAAAGCCGCUCUCGCCAACGAUGUGUGCGUGUCAUGUUACGAGCAGUUAAGGAGGACAUUUGUCCCAGAAAAGUGCUUGCAGACAUGGUCCUGGGAUCACCAGACGAAAUAUAGCGCUGCAUUGAAGAUUCUCAGGAGGCAUGAGGAAGAACUGGUGUCUGGCCUAUGGAACAGCAAAACGGCAUCCCUCUUCGGCCAGCGCCUCUACAACGACGUGCUAAAGAGCAUAGCAGAUGGCGGUUUGGUAGACAUCGAAAGCUCGUUACUGGAUCUCCUGAAGCUGUGCUCGUGCUGGGGGCAUCACCAAGCAGCUCUCAUGCUCGCCACUUUACACCUUUCAGGACUCGGAGUGCCGGCGGACCAGGAGAAGGGCCACGUGUACAGCCUGAUUGGUGGGGUACAAGACGAGCGUCUGGCUCUGCUGCAUUUGGGCUACAAGCACAUGCAGGGUCUCGACGGAUUUCCUAAGGACCAGGACACGGCAUACGGGUACUACGCCAACGUGGGAAGGCAGACCAGCAUCGAUCAUAAUAAAGUCCAGGACUCAGAGCAAGUCCUCACCGAGAACAUCCACUUAACCAACCCGGAGGAGCUUCAGAUGCAAUCGGGCGAGUCGGAUGAAAUGGUACAGUUUCUCAAGCACCAGGCUUAUAGAGGAGACCCCGAGUCCCAGAAAACACUGGCACGGAUGUCAUUCUUCGGCAGCAACGGGAUGACCAAGGACAUCGGCGCGGCUAUGAAAUGGUACGCCAGGAGCGCCAUGCAGAUGACGGACGCUUCGGCCAUGUACGACUACGCCAUCCUGCUGCUGAAGGGAAUCGGAGGGAAGAGGAACAAAACCCUGGCACUGAAACUUCUAGAAAAGGCGGCUGACAUGGGCUACGUGGACGCUCUGAACGCUCUCGGCUGGUACCACGGGACCGUGGGAAAAAAUGACAGCAAAGCUGCGUACUACUUCGACCUGGCUGCUCGUAAAGGCAGUCGAGACGGCGUGUUUAACUUGGGCGUGUAUCACCUGAACGGCGCCAUUCCAGACUCGCCGGGCAGAAACGAGACAGCUGCGUUUCAGUGUUUCCUGAGUGCGGGGGAGCUGGGUCACAUGGAGGGCGCCUUGGAGGCGGCAUCAUCUCUCUCUCGAGGACACUUACCAGGCGUGAGCAGAGAUCCCGAGAAAGCCGUGGCUCUCCUGAAGCCGAUCAGCGAGAGGAACGGCCACCUGGGCUUCACCGUCCGAGACGCUCUGAGAGCUUUUCAGCAAGGGUCAUGGGACGAGGCGCUGUUGAAAUACUCGCUUCUCGCCGAAACCGGGUUUGUCGUGGCUCAGACGAACGCCGCACACCUCUGUGAGGUCCUGAAGCACCGUUCUUCCUGCCAGUUGAGGUAUCACAACUUCUCCACCUAUAACCACGUCCCACAAGAAUCAGGUCUGCUGAAGAUGGGAGAUCAUUACAGUGCAGUAGGUGACAUGGUUAAGGCAGUAGAGCUGUACAGCAGAGCAGCGCUGAGAGGCAGUGCACAGGGGACGUACAACCUGGCAGUGAUGAGCGAGAACGGACACGACAUCCCCGCACAUAUCCUGGAGCGAAUGAAGAUCUCGAAUGGGCCUCAGCUGAACCAAAGCGCACUAGUGGAGAAACUGUUACUCAGAUGCAGGGAGCUGGAGGGUAAAGGAGGAAAGAUGGCGGAGAUGACCCCAUGCUCUCUGGCUUUUUUCGGACUACGUGUCUCCAGAAUGUGGCACAGCUUCACCGGCUGCACCGUCCACCUCACCCUAACCCUCGCCACUUUCCUCCUGCUAGUGCUCGCCAUCGUGACGCAGAGCGCGCUCGCCCAAUACUCAGCAGCUCCUCCACACAGCGUUCCUCAUCGCUCCUCAGUGCCGCACAGAGAACCGCCUAACCUCGAUCAGGUCACAGAAACUCAGACAUCAGACUCUCCCGUAGGAGACGGACCCUCAAGAGAUCCCACACGGAUCGGUCAAAGUUACGUGACCCGGCACGUCCGUUUCCUGCAGGAGGCGGCCGAUCUGGUUGUCACGGCAACCGGAGUGUUACUGUGCGCCUUGUUCACGAUAUUUGUCUCUCAUCUGAUUUAAACACACUGAAUAAUAACACAAAUGUGAAGAACACUUUAAAAACAACACAAUAAUAAUAAUAAUAAUAAUAAUAAUAAUAAUAAUAAUAAUAAUAAUAAAAGUUUAUAUUUAACAAUAAAACGUCCCGUUCAGGAAGUUCUCAUUCGUGUGAUGUUGUGCCAAAAACUGCUCAACAGCGCCAUCUUCUGACAGAAGAACAGAUCUGGAUAUUGGGAUUUCUGGAUUUUUUUUUAUCGAUUUCAAAGAAAAGUUUUUUGCAUAUUUUGCACAAGCAAUUUUAUCAGUAAUGAAUAAAUACUUGAUUUUAUUUUAUUUUUUCUCUACCACACAACAUGUUUGCCCAGCCUUGGUGUGUCAUUAGGUUGUGUUAUUCCAGAAUAAAAUUGUCAUGGAUCUUUUUCAAUAAAAAGAAAUAAAAGCUAUGGGUUCAAUCUCACAAAAAAAAACAAACACACAAUG